AUGGGCUGCAUGAGUUCGAAACCCGUUGACACAACGGAUAAAGACGCCGUCCAACGCAGUGCCAGAAUAGAGAAGGUGUUGAAGAACGAUAAGAAAGUCAUGGACCGGACAAUCAAGAUCCUCCUUCUUGGUGCCGGAGAAUCGGGCAAAUCAACGAUCAUAAAGCAAAUGCGAAUCAUUCACUCAGGCGGCUUCCCCGAGGAUGAACGUCGCCAGACACGGGCCGUGAUCUAUUCGAAUCUUGUCAUUGCAUUCAAAGUUCUGCUGGAUAUAAUGCGCGCUGAAAGCAUUGACUUUCAGCAAGAAAGGACUAAGCCGUUAGCGGAAUUCAUAGACGGCCUCGAGCCAGACGUAGCCUCGGAUGAGGCUUUCUCGGAUCCGAAGGUCCGCGAUGCUCUAAGAGACAUGUGGGAUGACACGGGUGUUCAAAAAGCUGUUGCUCGGGGUCAUGAGUUUGCACUCCAUGACAACUUGCAUUAUUUCUUUAAUUCGCUGGACCGCAUAUUUACUCCUGGAUGGCUUCCGGACAACCAGGACAUGCUGCAGGCCCGCUUGCGGACAACCGGCAUUACUGAAACCCUCUUCGAACUCGGUCAAAUGAACUUCCGAAUGAUGGACGUUGGAGGACAGCGAUCAGAACGGAAGAAGUGGAUUCACUGCUUCGAAGGUGUUCAAUGUCUUCUAUUCAUGGUUGCCCUAUCUGGCUACGACCAAUGCCUCGUUGAGGACCAGAACGCCAACCAAAUGCAUGAGGCAAUGAUGCUGUUUGAGUCCUUAGUAAAUGGUGAAUGGUUCAAGCGCAAGCCGAUUAUUUUGUUCCUGAACAAGAUCGACCUCUUCAAGGGAAAACUGCACGUUUCGCCUGUGUCCAGCCACUUCCCUGACUAUAAUGGCUCCAACACGGACUUCGAUGCCGCAGCUAGAUAUUUUGCAGACCGCUUCCGGGGCAUCAACCGGAUCCCUGACCGAGAAAUCUACAUCCAUUACACAAACGCCACUGACACGACGUUGUUGAAGGCAACGAUGGACUCGGUGCAAGACAUGAUUAUUCAGAAGAACCUCCACACUCUCAUACUAUAA